AUGUCAAAUAUUCAACCAUACAAUGAAGAUGAACUAUUUGUUGAAGUUGUUAAAAAAGCAUGGGAAAACAUGAGUGCUUCAGUUGGUAAACUAAAUGAUGAUUUUACUAAACUUCAACGUAAAAAAGUAUCAUAUUCAGAAUUGGAGACAAAUUUUAAUGUUGAUUUAACUGGUGUGGAUCAUUUAUAUGAUUUAUCAAGGGAUGAAAUAUGUCAAUUAUACCAACAAGAAAAAAUAUCAAAUGAUAACAAAACAAGGACAAAUGAAAUGUUGACCAGAAGGAAAAAUGAACUUGAGGAUAGGUUAGCUGUUGCGGAAACUAUAUGUAAUGUUCAAAAAAGUUUAGUAAACAGAUUAAAUGAUACAUUAGGUGAAAUGUUUAAAUCACUAUCAGAGCAUGAAGCUUCACGAAUACAAAAAUCUAGAGAAUGGAGAAAUAAAGUUGUUUCACUUGAAGGAACUGUUGCUUUUUUUACCAAAGAAAAUGGAGACUUAAGAGAUAAAAUAAAAGAUUUAAUGGAUACACAGUGGAAAAAAGAUAAAGAAUUACUUGAAUGUAGUAACAAAUUACUUAAUGAAGAAGGAGAAAAGAGAAAUAUUCUUGGGGAGUUAAACUUACUUAAAAUUGACUAUGAAGCUUUAAAAAAAGAACUUGAAAGUUUACAAAUUAAAUAUAAUGAAUCAAUGCAGAAGAAUGUAGACGUCAACCAAGCAUCAUCGAGAAUACGUGGAGAACUUGAAAAGAUAUCGGAAGAAUUACGUAUGGCUCAAGAAAAGAUUGACCUUGAAAAACAGACAUGUAUUAACAUUGUUGAAGCAAAAGAACUUGAAUUUGAAAAGAAAUUUAAAGCAGAAAAAGAAAAUAUUGAAAGGGAAACAAAUAAACAGUUGACACUCCUUCAAAAGAGACAUGCUGAAGAGAUGUCUAAAUUAAGAAAUGAUACUGAUCGUGUAUUAAAUGAAGCUGCUUUGACAGAAAGAUCACUAAUAAAAGAAAGAGAUAUGUUGGCUAGGCGGUUAUCUGAAUGUGAGGGUAUUCUCGAGAAUCAUGAAAAGGUUUUCAGUCAGAAACUCCAACGACAACUAGCUAAUAAGUACUGUGAAAUUGUGACUGACCUUCAACAAGGUAACGUUAAACCACCAAGGAUUGAAACAGCAAGAUCUACGGUGCCGUCGAGAUAUGCUGAGACAUGUCUUGGAGAAUUACGUGGAGAACCUAUAUCUAGAUCAAAUGUGUCAAGUUCAAAAGGAAAUGAAAGAAGAGAAAAACUUCGUGAAAUAUUUAAUCAAGUUAUUGAACCUAGGCUUCCUUCGAAUGGUGCUCGUAAACGUAGUUCAUCAGCCACCUCAAACAUGCGAAGAUAA